AUGGCCAGCGAGCGCACCUUCAUUGCCGUGAAGCCGGACGGUGUCCAGCGCAACCUCGUCGGUGAGAUCAUCCAGCGCUUCGAGAAGAAGGGCUACAAGUUGGUCGGCCUCAAGAUGCUCCAGCCCUCCGCAGAACAGGCGCAGCAGCACUACAUUGACCUCGCGUCGAAGCCGUUCUACAAGGACCUCGUGGCGUAUUUCUCCUCUGGCCCGAUUGUCGGCAUGGUGUGGGAGGGCAAGGGCGUCGUGAAGGGCGGCCGCACGCUGCUCGGCGCGACGAACCCUGCUGACUCGCUCCCCGGAACGAUCCGCGGCGACUUCGCUGUUGAUGUGGGCCGCAACGUGUGCCACGGCUCCGACUCUGUCGAAAACGCGAAGCGGGAGAUCACGUUCUGGUUCAAGACAGAGGAGGUCAUCAACUGGACGUCGCACUCCGUCAAGCAGAUCUACGAAAGCGCGUAG